AUGGGGUUCUUCGGCGACGUCAUCUCCGAGGUAGUCGGGAACUCGGUCGACGGAGGCAACGGCUCGCCAUCCGACCCGCCGUAUGUGCGCCCUCCUUGGGUCGCGCGCUGGGACAGCGAAGCCGGCCGCUGGAUCUACUUCAACGAGGAGACGGGCGAGCGCAGCUGGGAGAGGCCCGUUCUUGAGGAAGCUGCUGAGAGCUGGAACCGCGAGGAGGACCGCAUGGAGCGCAGGUUUGACGACGGAGUUGAGCAUGUCGAAGAGUUUCCCGAGGACGCAGCCCGUUGGACCGGCGAGGCUGUCGGUGAGGUCGAGGCUGUUCCUGACAGGGUAGAGGAGGGAUGGGACAGGGCGGAGGAGAACGUUGAGGAGGGCUUCGACAGGGCCGGAGAGAACAUUGAGGAGGGAUGGGACAGGACGGAGGAGAAUGUUGAGGAAGGGUGGGAUCGGGCAGGUGAGAAUAUAGAGCACGGCUGGGAUGAGACCGUAGACGCCGUCGAGGACGCCCCGGAGAACAUCGCCGAGGGCAUCGGUGAGGGCGUUGGCAAGGUCGAGCGAUUUGGGGAUAGUGUUGAGGACUACGGUGAGAGCCUGGAAGAAAGCUACGACGAGGGUCGGGAUGAGGCCAGAUACGACUGA